UUUUUAGUUGACGGGACCUGAUAUCCGAAUAUUUCCCGGGAUAUGCCCUGCAGGCGUUAAGGGGUUGGCAAAGCUGACAAGGGCUGGCAAAUCUGUCACCUAUGGCAGGACGGGAGCGAUUGAGAAAGAGGAUGGAUGGGUCGGGUUUUAAAAUUUUUCUUGGAUCGAGUUUAGCGGCUAAAAUAGACCAGACUUCGGUUAUUGGGUAAUCCGUCCAAUCCCAAUCGCCUACGCUGGUUUUUAAUCCCAGGGGCAUCAUAGCGUAUUUUCUUAUCAUCUCAUGAAUUAAAAUUUGCUUUAUUAAUCUCACUUAAAGUUGAUCUUUUUGAUUUUAAAAAUUGCUAGGGAACACAGUAUUUAGAGAAAAAGAACGCUUUCACUAUCUCUAUCGUCUUUUACUUCCCAUUAACUAUUUUAUUUUAUAUUUUUAAUUUAUUUUUGUGAGAAUAGGCUGGGAAUAACGACCAGGGACGGUCUUACCACUUAUGUGGUAUUAAAUUUUUGGGAUGGGGAGAGUCCGGAAUCUCCCUUAAAGUUUGAUAAUUUAGUCUUGAGAUGUUUACCGGCUUUAUUUUUAUCGGAAAAUGGAUUUUUUGCAUUACUGAUACUGGUAGUGUACCGAACAGUCCCAGUACUGCUCAGAGUCGGUCGGAAUUCUGAUUUAUAAUUUCUGAUCUAUUUCUAGUUUCCUGCACAUUCGUCUAUUUAUUCUAACCGACUCUCGGUACCAUCUGCUACCAAAGUUUCUAAAAUCUCAUCGGUCCGUUCUGAUACCUGAACUACCGACCAGCCGUUCCAAUCCCGGUACUUUAACGCUAAGAAUUUGUUGAUUUUCUGGGUUUUCCUGGAUAUAUUUAAAGAAACGAAAAAACGAGUAACUAUAUCUUUUGCUAUGUUUUCUCUGCAUUUGUUUGCUUCCCUUCUAAUUUUUUAUAUUAACAUUCGCAUAUAAUUUUUCAACAGAACAGUUUCAUCUGCGACAAAAGUGGUCUCACUAACUACUGAUCAGAAUUUUUGGGACGGGGAGAGUCCGGAAUCUCCCUAAACGAGAUGGUGAAGUUAGUAUUGGGGGUUAUACGUUUAGUGUAGUAGUAGUAGUAUUUUUCUGUACCAGUGUUGGUUAGUACUGUAAACUCCAUAAUCUCCAGUACGGGUCCGUUACCUUUCUACCGUUAUCUACCGCAGUACCGAACUUUAUGGCAUUAAAUAAUUUUUGUUGAUUUUCUGGGUUUUCUAGGUAUACAUAGAGAAGCGAGAAAACUAGUAAGUAUGUGUACCUUGUAUGUUUCUCUGCAUCUUUUUGCUUCCCUUCUAAUUUUUAACAUUACCAUUCACAUAUAAUUUUUCACAGAACGACUUAAAAUGUAAAAAGUUGUAGGACCCACCUACUUAAGAAUUUUUGGGACGGGGAGAGUCCGGAAUCUCCCUCAAUUUUAUGUACCUAUUGAAAUUGGAUUUGUCAGGAAAAUGCUAUAUUAGCCCGAAUAAGGCCCCAUGUGCCUUAUUAUCAGGGAUACCCUUCAUCAUGGUCGGGUUUUAUCAUAGAACUUUCUCUAUUGAGACCACCCUUCUAUCACCCCUCUGCCGCUCCUCAACCUCCACCCCUCUAUAUGUACCACUCCUCUAUACUACCCUACCACCCCUAUAUGGUACGGGGGAAGGAGGGGUCUUUAUUACAAGACUCUCUAUUAGAGCCCUUUUCUAUUACAGGACUGGGGACUCCUUUAUAGGAAAUACGGUAUGUUAUCAUUUCAAAAAUCAUAACGUCAUUUUACGCAAAAAUAUUUGCUUCUUUUUUUAA